AAUGUAAAAUUUUAGCAAAAAAAAAAAAAUCAAAUUAGACCAAAAUAUAAAUACAAUAUAAAUUUCAAAUUAGAAUCAGAUGAACGGAAUCUAGUAUUGAUCAUAGUCGGCCCAACAUGCUGGCCUAAAUUUGGGCGGGUUUUGAGUAAAAUUUUUUGGUUUGAAGUCGGGUUUGGCCAUCCAUUUUUUUUUUUUUUUUUUUUUUUUUGUCACGGGCUUUGGACAUGCAUUUUUAAGAUUUUAGUUAAUUUAAAUGGCCUAUGAGACUCAGUCUUAUUUUACGGGUUUGGUCAAGCAUUUUUCAGUCCGAACCUAGCUCAACCCAACCAAACAGGUUGAUUAAGCUGAUUUAUCUUGCUUUCGCCUGUCUCGGCCGUCCUAUGGUCACCUCUAACGGAAACCACCUUUAAAAAGGCUCAAGACUUUAAGACAUGGGAAAUUUUGUAUGCCGUUGCCACCACCACAUUAAUUUCCAUUGGCGCGCUUUAUACAUGAUUGUGCAUCCUUGACUCCUUGUGCUAUUUAAACCCUAGACUACGAAAUUCAUCAUUUCUUACAAGUUACAACAAAAUUCAGAGAACUCACUUCAUCCUAAAAAUGGCGCUGUUACUUUUCGCUCUCGAUUUACGUACUCUCUCUCCUCCAUUUCUAUCACAACUGAAGCAGUGCUUGUUAGAGCUGGCGAAUUUGUAUGCCUUUUCUGCUUCGACGUCAAAAUUGAAGCGUCGUAAAUUUGAUUCCUCGCUUGAAGAUCGCAUUGGCUUGUGUUACUUGCAACAUUCUGCUGCUUCGUCCUCUGAUGAGCUUAAAGUUGUGUACUCUCCCCGGGGAAGUAGCUUCAGUCUGUGUGAUUUUCAUUAUGCUGUCAACCACUUGCCCUCUUAUUCCUAUUCACCUCCCUUAUUUGAAGAUUCUGGAUCAAACGUUUUAAACCAUAUCGUCAGUGAUGAAGUGUUGAACUCUGCUGGUGGCAAAGAUUCAGAGAAGAAAUUAAUUCUUAUCAGCUCAUGUUUACUAGGAAAUCUGGACUAUAAUGCUAAAAAGACUCUCAUGGAUGCUGCCGACAGAUGCAUAUCUGUGGAAUUUUUGUUCCUUGAGCAAAAGUCAAGCCAACUCAGUGACAUCUCAGAAAAUAUAAACAAAUUUAAAGAACAAAUAUGCGAUCUUGAAAACUGCUCGUUUAAUGCAUAUCUUCCAGAUGGACAGGUAUUUAACGGCCUGGCAAAAAGAUGGCUUAGAGAGUUGACAGAGAGCACAGAAGAAUUGUUGGAGGCUAAUUUUCUUUUCGAGAAGAGCAUUGCUGGUUCUGUUAACCGAAUAUGUUGCAGAUUGUGUGGUUCCAUAAACCAGAUAAUGGAUGGGUUCAAUCUUUGUGAGACACAUAGGUGUCAUGAUAUCCAAAGGGACGAUAAAAAUAGUUUCGUGUUCAAGGAAUGUCCUUUGUACCAUGUCAAAAAUCAUGAUGUGGAACCAGAUGAUGCUGAUAAUAGCUCUAUGACUGUUGGUGAUAAUGGCUUACUGGCUGAAGUGUCGUGGCGGUGCUGGAAGAAUCUCCGUCAAGUUCCCUCUGUUGUUAAUUUAAAUGUUAUUGAGAGGACUAGUUUGGCUUCCCUGAAUGAAGGUGUGGUAGUUGGAAGACCUUACUUUGUCUUCCCAUCGGUUGCUCAGGAAACAGAUACUGCUCCCGAAGAUAGCAAUUUGUGCCAGUUGAAUAGUAGGCUUUUCCAGGGCCUGUGUCAUGCACUUCACUCAAUGGAUCAGGGUCUAAUAUGCUGGUCAGUCUGCAAUUUAGAGAAAAUGAGAGAAACUGCAUGUAUGUACUAUUACAUUCUUCAACCAUCUGAAAGUGGACCGAUGCUGCUCAGGCAGAGGCUUGCAGGAGCUGAGGAAAUCUUGCCCUUUCCUGAUGCAAAUAUAGAUGACUCUUCAAUUACUGAGGAGAUUGAUCGUUGCAUUCAACAGUGUCUAAUGGAGGUGGAACUUAAAGACUACAAUCCAGUGCAGCAUUGUGGGGGUUUUCAUAAAAAACUCAACCAACUUGUUGAAGAGAAUUUACGGCUUGGGCUGGUAGCCCCAGAAAUUUCAACAGCACCCUUAAUUCCUACCUGCAGUGAUGAUGUAGCAGUCUCAUUGCAACCUAGUGUAGCGAGAAAUGUUGCAGCUCCGCCAGGGGUAGAGGUUGUAGUGUCGUCAGGGAAGGACAUCGCAGUUUUAGCAGUGCAAACUCGCACUUCUGAUCAGGGUAUUGAAGAUGACAAGGGUAUCUCACGUCUUACACAAGAAUGGGAGCAGCUAAUUGUUGGUGGUAUUCCGAGAAUGGACUCAGAGCUUUCAGAACCCAAUUUAGAAAAGGCAAGAACCUCUGCACCAGCAAUUCAUAAACCACUGGACACAAGAACUUCAAUCAUACUAGAAAGACUGGGCAACCCUAGACAGAUCAACACUAAGGCUAAUACCCAUAAGAUACUGAGUGGCUUGGCUGCGAAUGGAAAUGGAACAACAGAACACCAUCAUUCUAUAAUAGACAUUGACGCUACAGAUCAAGGUUUAACUGCCCCCAGCAACCUGAUUAGGCCGACUUUUCAAAGAUUGAAAAGGAAAUUUAGGUGAGUAUAACAUCAUUUGGUGGAAGACCGAUGUAGAAUAAACUUCCCAUCAUAUUGUUUUAGACGAGUCUAGAAGUGAAGGUCAUUGAUAGCUCCUUUUGUACCCUCUUUCUCUCUAGACGAGUUUUCAAUUCUCUAAUGUCCAUAAUACUCAUCUUUCUUGUCCUCCAUCUGAUAAAAGGUAGGUGUAAAUCUUAUGGCUGAAUUGCAUUGUGGACAAUUAUUUGCCCCUAAAUAAUGAUGGAAUUUCACUUGUAGGAA